AAAGCAUGAGGUCGCCCGCCUCGCCGCCAUUUUGUUUUUGACAGCUACGGAACCGUUCGGUUAGGCGCACGUUGCUUUUUUUUAGAAAAACCUGCUUUCGGGUACGCGCGCGAAUUUUCUUUUUUAGUGAUUUUUGUUAUUUUUUAUGAAUAAUGUUGUUGAUGACAGUGUUUAGUGUAGUGUUGCGGUGAUUUUUGAUGCAAGUGUCGCUGUGGGUGAUGCUGUAUGGAUUGCACGUGUUAUAACUAGCAGUUAAAUCCAACCAGUUCUAGUCCAAGUACUUCCAAAAUGUUACUACAGUUCACUUAACUAUAAGGAGAGCAGUGAAGGGACGUGAACAGAAGAGCUACAAACUACCGAAAAGCGAAGAAAAGAAAAAGAGAUGGACACAAAGAAUGACGCGCGUACCGAUGACAUCGAACUUAGUGCUCAGGGAUCUAGUAAUAAGCCUAGUACCGUGGCCACUAAAGCGGACCUGCCUGAACGAGGAACCUGGUCCAGCAAACUCGACUUCAUUCUCUCCGUAAUUGGCUUGGCCAUUGGUCUUGGCAACGUUUGGCGGUUUCCCUACCUUUGCUACAAAAAUGGCGGUGGCGCUUUUCUUAUCCCCUACUUUCUUACGCUUAUUCUUGCUGGUAUUCCAAUGUUCUUCAUGGAAUUGGCUAUGGGGCAGAUGCUUACCAUUGGCGGGCUGGGUGUGUUCAAGAUAGCACCAAUUUUCAAAGGCAUUGGCUACGCGGCGGCAGUGAUGUCAUGUUGGAUGAACGUCUAUUACAUCGUCAUUCUUGCGUGGGCCAUCUUCUACUUCUUCAUGUCUAUGAGAGCAGACGUCCCCUGGAGAACAUGCGACAACUAUUGGAACACCGCAACGUGCGUCAAUCCUUACGACCGCAAGAACCUCAAUUGCUUCUCUUCAGUCAACAACAUGACGUCCUUCUGUGUGCUUAACGGCAGGAAUGUCAGCAAGGCUGCGCUUUCUGAUCCGGUUAAGGAGUUUUGGGAGCGCCGAGCUCUUCAGAUUUCCAGUGGUAUUGAACACAUCGGCAACAUUCGUUGGGAGCUCGCUGGCACCUUACUGCUGGUCUGGGUGCUUUGCUACUUCUGCAUCUGGAAGGGCGUGCGUUGGACCGGCAAAGUCGUCUACUUCACUGCUUUGUUCCCCUAUUUCUUAUUGACCGUGCUUUUGAUUAGAGGAAUCACAUUACCCGGUGCCAUGGAAGGUAUAAAAUUCUACGUAAUGCCAAACAUGUCAAAGCUAAUGGAGUCAGAAGUGUGGAUCGACGCUGUCACACAGAUUUUCUUCUCUUACGGUCUUGGAUUGGGCACCUUGGUCGCUUUGGGAAGUUAUAACAAGUUUACCAAUAACGUUUACAAAGAUGCAUUGAUCGUGUGUUCAGUUAAUUCAAGCACAUCCAUGUUCGCCGGGUUUGUCAUUUUCUCCGUGGUUGGUUUCAUGGCUCACGAACAGCAGAGACCCGUUGCUGAAGUAGCUGCAUCAGGACCUGGUUUGGCUUUCCUGGCAUACCCAUCAGCAGUACUCCAACUUCCCGGCGCUCCACUCUGGUCAUGUCUCUUCUUCUUCAUGCUUCUUCUUAUCGGUCUGGACAGCCAGUUCUGUACUAUGGAGGGCUUCAUCACAGCUGUUAUUGACGAAUGGCCUAAAUUGUUGAGAAGGAGGAAGGAAAUUUUCAUUGCGAUUACUUGUUUCAUUUCGUAUCUGGUGGGCUUGUCUUGUAUAUCCGAGGGUGGCAUGUACGUGUUCCAAAUCCUCGAUUCCUACGCGGUCUCCGGUUUCUGUCUACUGUUCCUGAUCUUCUUCGAAUGUGUUUCCAUCUCGUGGGCCUUUGGGGUGAACCGCUUCUACGAUGGCAUCAAGGAAAUGAUUGGCUACUACCCAACUAUAUGGUGGAAGUUCUGCUGGGUUGGAUUCACUCCUGCUAUUUGUAUUAGCGUGUUCAUCUUCAACCUGGUGCAAUGGACUCCAAUCAAAUACAUGAACUAUGAGUAUCCCUGGUGGUCACACGCCUUUGGUUGGUUUACGGCACUCUCUUCUAUGCUCUGCAUUCCUGGAUAUAUGAUUUACUUGUGGCAUGUCACUCCUGGGACGAGACAGGAGAAAUUCAACACAAUAGUGCGUAUCCCAGAGGACGUACCAACGCUCCGCACCAAGAUGCAGGCUGAGGAACUAGCAAAACACACUAAGGCUUAAAAUCUAGACUCGUAGUCUAAUACUUAAGACCUAAAAGAUCUCAGGAAAAUGAGAGAUUUCUGAAUGACAUUGUGUUUUCGGAUGUGUCAAUUUGAUGAACUUAUUGUGGUUAAUAUUUUGCUAUAUAUAUUAUUAUUAUAAGUAUAUAUUGCACUAGAUUCAGAAUUAUAUAUAUUUAUGCAAAGGAAUAAAUUUUAGAAAUAUAUGAAACACUCGCUCAAUUUUCUAAAAACUAAGGGGUAAACAUGUUUAUAGAGCUACUAUAAAUUAUGAGCUGUUACAGAUAAAUUAUUUUAUACAAAAACAAAUGUAUUAUUACAUUCAUUCAAAUAUAAUAUUAUAAUAGAGUUUUAGCAAAAUAUUAACAACACAAUAAUAAACAACAGAAGGAACGGCGAAAAAAAUUCUAAAUCAUUCACGCACAACACAACUAUAUCUAUUACUUCUUUGUGCCAAUUUUAUACGUGCCAAAGAUAAUAUACCAAAGGUUAUAAAUAUAUCAUGCCAAAGUUAUAUAUUAUUAGUAGAAUUCACCUAUAUUUCAAAUAUAUUAAAUGAUAUUGAAUUCUAUAUGUAUGCCGUUUUAGUUUAAUGGUUUUGUGGGUGCGUUGCGACGCGUUCAUGUAUGUUUAUACUUUAAACUAUAUUUUAAGAUGUGUUAUUUUUAGUUGUAAGAAAAAUAUAUCUUGAUUAUAAUAUUAUUACGAUCGUAUGUUUGUGGAUUUCAUUUAAUGAAAUGUUAAUUAUCUGUUACUGUUGUCUUCCAUAAUGGUUAAUGCUUUAGAUAUAUGAAUAUUCAAUAAUUUAUGCAGUUAUAUUUUUAUUUCCUGGCUUUAAUACGUACUUGCUUUU